ACGUAAUGUUCAGCGGCUUCUCAUCUCCCUCUUGAUGUGGACUUGUCCGAGAUGUGAUGGCUACAAAUUCCGCCGCCAAGGCGGUCAAUACUCGCGAAAUCGCCGACAAGGCGAAGAGAGAACUGCUUCGAUUGCUGGAGUCGGUUCGAGGGAAGAAGAAUCUCGUCAUCGAGAAGUCGCUGGCCGGCACCAUUGGCUUGAUUGUCAAGUUCAGCGAACUCCAACAAUAUGGCGUUGAGAAACCUUUCUUUCUUGAGAAUCACAACAUCGAUUCGAGCCAGAAGAACAUAGUUUUCAUGGUCCGAGGCGAGAGUGCAAAGAAGAUUCGUAUGGUCGCAGUAGAGCAGAUCAAACUCGUCCGCAGCGAAAGCCAAGUCAAUCACGAGUUCACGAUCAUCUGGGUUCCGCGGCGCACUCUCGUCAGUAAUGCGAUUCUGGAGGAGCAUGGCGUGCUUGGCGAUGCUGUCAUCUCGGAAUUAUCUCUGCAUUUCGUGCCACUCGAGCAGGAUCUGCUAUCCCUGGAGCUCGACACCUCUUUCAGUGAGCUCUACUUGAGGAAGGAUCCGACGAGCAUCUUUGCAUCGGCGCGAGCACUGAUGCUGCUUCAGAAGCAAUACGGCCUCUUUCCGCGCAUGCUCGGCAAGGGCGACGAUGCGAAGCGCCUGAUCGACCUGCUUCAACGGAUGCGAAGUGAAGAGGAUGUGGAGACCUCGUCAGGAUCCAACAGCCAAUAUCUCGGCUCCUUCAGUCUCACACCCAGCGCGCUGAUAGAACAUCUUGUCGUCAUUGAUCGAUCGAUUGACUUUCCUACUGCGCUAGCUACCCAACUCACGUAUGAAGGAUUGAUUGACGAGGUGUUUACGAUCAGUAAUAAUACCGCAGAAGUGGAGUCAUCCAUUCUAGACGGAGCAUCAUCGGCAGCGGCGCAAGCGAGCGAGUCAGCAGCCACGCCGACUUCCGCGACCAAGAGGAAGAUUCUCCUCGACAAUACUGACAAACUGUAUCCCGAGCUCCGGAACGGCAACUUUGCGACCGUCGGUCCUGCACUGAAUCGUGCUGCGCGAAGGCUGGCGUCUGACAACGAGAGCAUGCACAAUAAAGAUCAAUCCGUAGCCGACCUCAAGAACAUUGUUCAGAAGCUUCCGGCUUAUCAAGCCGAAACGGCUAGCGUCAAGAUCCAUACGAGUCUUGCAGGUCAAAUCAUGGAAACGACUCGCGGGGAUGGCUUCGGUCGGAUGCUCGAAGUUCAACAAAACCUCCUCGCCGGCACAGAUCCGACGAGUCUUCACGAAAACAUCGAGGAACUCAUCGCUCGAGGGUUUCCCAUCGAGACGGUGUUGAGACUGCUGUGCAUAGAGAGCUGUCUUUCGAACGGAAUCCGUCAACGCGAGCUCGACCUCUUCAAACGUCACGUGCUUCAAGCUUACGGCUAUCCGCACACCCUGACCUUGGCGAAUCUGGAGAAGAUGGGUUUGCUCAUCACACGCGAGAGCCAUCGUGGCUACCUUAAUCCUAUCGCCGGAUCGACUGGACAAACUGCUACUGAUUACGCUGGCGUGCGCAAGGGUCUACAUCUAUGGGUUGACGAGGUACGCGAGACGGAUCCGGACGACGUAGCCUACGUCUUCAGCGGGUAUGCUCCCCUCACGGUCCGGCUCGUGCAGGCCCUGCUGCAAAAGUCUUACCUGCAGAACAUCAUAAGCGGUGCUCGCACUGCCACGGCGCCGGUCGCUACCGCCCCCACAGGCACUGGCUGGAAAGGAUUUGAUGACGCUGUCUCCCGCAUCAGGGGCGCGACCGUCGAUGUCUCGCAACGUGGGAGCGAUGCAGAUGCUGCGCACGCUCGCAAGACGUUACGCAGCAGCAAGGAGGGCCCGAAGGUAACCAUCGUCUUCUUCCUGGGGGGCAUCACAUAUGCGGAGAUUGCGGCAUUGAGAUUCAUCAGUAAGCAAUUAGAAGAAAGCAUGGGAAGGUCAAUUUUGAUUGCGACGACGGGAAUCGUGAGCGGCAAGAGAAUCAUCGACGGCGCCUUGGAGAAGAGGAAGUUUGGUGACGAUGAGUAAAAGGAGGGACGAAAGCAUCAAUGUUGUUCUCUCUGCAUUUAGUCGUAGCGGAAGAAAGCGCUGUACCUACCUAGGGUCCCGUCAGGAAUUUAUACAUACACGACCAGAGGGUGGUCCGUGACUUUUCCCGCCGCGGCGUAACCUCCGGCAAACAAAUUUAAUGGAUUGGAUCCCG